CCCAGACUCUUUUCUCUCUCUCUCUUUCUCAUGUAAAUAAUUGUUCAUUUUCACUCUGCCUUUCUAUCUCCAAAAGUUUUAGAAAAGUAUUAUUUUGGUAUAAUAAAUCCUCUGCGCGUGUUAGUGUGUGUCAGAACUGUAGAAGAAGAAGAGUCACAAGGGGAAUCGUAAUCAUAGGAAAGAAAAAGGAGAGCAAAAAAGGUGGAGGAGAAAUUGGAGAAUGAAUGGUCUAACACAUCUUGAACCGGAUUUCUCUGAGUUUGUUGAAGUUGAUCCAACUGGCAGAUAUGGCAGAUACAAUGAAAUCCUUGGCAAAGGAGCUUCAAAGACAGUUUACAGGGCAUUUGAUGAGUAUGAAGGAAUUGAAGUUGCUUGGAACCAGGUCAAGCUUUAUGAUUUCCUGCAAAGCCCUGAAGAUCUUGAAAGACUUUACUGUGAGAUUCAUCUCCUGAAGACAUUGAAGCACAAGAACAUUAUGAAAUUCUACGCUUCGUGGGUUGACACUGCCAAUAGGAACAUCAAUUUUGUGACUGAAAUGUUCACUUCUGGCACUCUGAGGCAGUAUAGACUAAAGCACAAGAGAGUUAACAUUAGGGCAGUAAAGCACUGGUGUAGGCAGAUCUUGGGAGGGCUUCUCUAUCUUCAUAGCCAUGACCCUCCUGUGAUCCACAGAGAUCUGAAGUGUGACAAUAUCUUUAUCAAUGGGAACCAAGGGGAAGUAAAGAUUGGUGAUCUUGGCCUCGCUGCGAUUCUCCGGAAGUCGCAUGCGGCUCACUGCGUUGGGACUCCAGAGUUCAUGGCUCCUGAAGUAUACGAGGAGGCUUACAAUGAGUUAGUUGACAUUUACUCAUUUGGGAUGUGCAUCUUGGAAAUGGUUACUUUUGAAUAUCCAUACAGUGAAUGCAGUCAUCCUGCUCAGAUUUACAAGAAAGUUAUUUCUGGGAAAAAACCAGAUGCUUUGUACAAAGUGAAGGAUCCGGAAGUACGGCAAUUUGUGGAGAAAUGCUUGGCUACUGUCUCUCGAAGGCUUUCUGCUAGGGAGCUUUUGGAUGACGCUUUUCUCCAAAUAGAUGAUUGUGAAUACGAUUUGAGACCAGUUGAUUAUGGUAGAGAACUAGAUGAGACCAGUGCCCUUAUAAGGCAGCCUUUCCGCGAACUUCACCACAGUAAUAGCGCCUAUAGUAAUGGAUACACAAAUGGUCAUGGUUUUGAAGCUGAAAAUGAAUGGGGCUAUCAUCCAGUUGAGAUUGCACCAAAUGGAAUUGAACUUUUCGAGUACCAUGAUGACGAACAUUCCGAAGAUGAACAUGUCGACAUAAGUAUCAAAGGGAAAAAGAGAGAAGAUGGUGGCAUCUUUUUAAGACUUAGAAUUUCAGAUAAAGAAGGCCGAAUCCGAAACAUUUAUUUCCCAUUCGACAUUGAGACGGAUACAGCAUUAAGCGUGGCAACUGAAAUGGUUGCAGAACUGGAUAUGACCGACCAGGAUGUGACCAGAAUAGCAGAAAUGAUUGAUGGGGAAAUUGCUUUCUUGGUUCCUGAAUGGAGGCUUGGGCCAGGAAUAGAGGAAACACCCCGCUUUGCUAAUCAAAGGUUGUGCCAUAAUUGUGCUUCCAACCAUACCUCUAGUGGCUCCUUCAUGUGUUUUCUGUCAAAUAAUCUUCAAUGCUGUAAAAUUGGAUGUGCUGCUUCAAUGCACGGGCGGUUCGAGGAGAUCACAUUCCAAGCCGAGUCUUCUGAGCAUCAUGCGACAGAGGAUGGCUUGCAUUAUCAUGACAUCUGUGGUCAGCAUGAAAUCCCUGAAGGUAGUUCAGUUGGCUCUGGGCAGAGCCAUUCUUGUGGAGAAUAUGAGAAAUUGGAGCAAUCAAUAUUACUUGAGGAUGGGAAUGAGGUUAAUAUGAUCAAUGACAUCGACAACGGAUUGAAAGCGGCCGGAAACUUGAUUCAAAAUUUAUCAGGCUCCCAUUCUUUCUCCUUGAAGCCCUCAUUAUACUGUGACCUUUCAGAAAAUUAUGAGAAAGAAAACCAGCAGGAAUUAAGAUGGCUCAAAGCAAAGUACCAAAUGGAGCUGAGGGACCUUAGGGAUCAACAGCUACGAAAUCCAUCAAAGUCUUCAACUUGUGGAAAUGUGGAACACAAAAUAGAUAAUGGGUUUUUGACAUCUCCCAUGAACAAUGGAUCUCCCGUGGAGAAAUCCUCUGCUCAUGUCAAUAAGAGCUGCCCCACUUCGGAAACCCAAAGGGCCCGAAAUUGCGAGGCGAUGAAGGAUUCCUCUAAUGCAGAGGAUGUGGUCACUGCCAAGAGUUUCUACACUGGUUCAUUACUUCCUCACGCUCUUCACAGGGCAGUUUCUCUCCCAGUUGAUGCUGUUGAUAUAUAAACGUGUCAGCCACUCUGAAUUCUUUUAUAUAUUCCCUUAUACUCAUAGAGGCUGUACAAUUAUCAAAUCCGCCCUUUUUUCCCCAGGCAACAUCAAAUUCACCAUAUCUACUUCCUCUC